UAAACCUUUAGUUUUCCUCACUCUCUUCCUUUCAAAACAUAUUAAUAUCUGUUGACUGAUAAGAGUGGAAAUUCGGGUUUGUUACCAAUUUCAGUGUUCUGUCUAAAGCUAGAAAUUAGCUCCUUCAUAUUCCUUAUCAUCCUCUCAUCUGGAAACUCUCAGUUUAUGAUACUGCCUGUAGAUUGAUGGUCCUUAUUUUAAAUUAACUAGAAAUUAAAAAAAAUAAAAGUGACCAGUCAUACAGUUUUUUUGUCCAAUAGGUGGCAAGUUUACCUAACUACAGGGAAGAAAUCCCUGUUUGGUUUAAGGGAAGGUUGUACUUUGGAAAUGGCAGAUAGGUUCUUUUUGCGGAGGCUGGGGAUUAUGGUGGUAGGAUUAGGGGAAAGGUCCAAGGGAAUCAAUGAAUAUUUAGAAGAAAAGAAAAAAGUCAUGGACUGUGUAAUCUACUCUGAAGUUGCACUGACAUGUUGGGCAAAUAUUUGUAAAAUGACAUUGUAUUAAUACUACCACUGGAAAAAGUUUUUUGUAUAGUUAUCAGCAUAGUUCAUUAAAUCUAGAUCAUAAGAAUUACACCUUAUUAAAAAUAAGUAACAAAAUUUUAUUUUGUUUAUUCAGCAAAUACUUUUUGAACACUUAUUCCGGAGGGAGGCACUGUUUUAUGUUUUGUGUAGAAACUAUACGGCAACAUUUUUUUAUUUAAUAUUAUGAAACUCUGAAACCAAGGAAGCAUUUUGUGUGUGUGUAUGUUUAAUGAAGCUUCAUCUAAGUCAUUUUAUAGGCUUGAUUUCUUGUGUUUAAGUUUGUAGUCACUAAGUGGCAAUUUAGCUCCUGCUUCUACUAUAUUUUAAUAUGUAGGUUAUUUAUAAUAAGGUUAGUUUGAUCAAAAAGAUCUUUAAAAGCAGACGAUGUGAAGUACGUUUGCUUCAGAAUGAACGAAAUAUAAGAGGGUACAUAAACUUCAUGACUAGCAAACUGGGGGAGGAUAAUCUAAUCUCUCAGAGGUUGGCAUGUUCUGUUUGUUAAUAAACAGUUAUCUAGAGUGCUAACACUUCUGCAGAGGUGAAAGGACAAAGUCGGUCCCUGAGAGUAACUGGAUGCUCCUUACUUUGUUCAAGGAAAGCUUUUAUAAUGUUUUCCGGGUAUGACUUUUUUUAGUUGGUAUUCCUGUUUUAAAGUGCAGCCUUUCAAGUGAACGGGUUACAUGUAGCAUAAGCUUUGACACGGCCAAACAAGUUAAACAGCUACCUUUAUUUACAGCUGCAGGACUAGGAUAAGAUCUUUUCCAGAAAGAAAAUUUGAUUAAUGACUCUUUUCUAGAGUGGGGACAACUGCAGACUUUUCUUUCGCAGAGCGUGAAAUGUGCCUCUUCCUGCCGAGGGGCCUCGUCCUAGCCGCGGCUCGCGGGGCGACUUCCAGCCUCAGGUGUCCCCUUAGGCUGCGGGCCGCGGCCGCUCUCCGGGGCGGGCGUCCGGGACUUCCUGUCUGGGCGCGGGGCGGAAGGAUCGCGUUGCCAGCCGAGGCGGCCACCGCCGCCGCCGCCGCCCCUGCCGUUAGGUGGUGGGGUUUCUCAGCCCGGCGGCGGGAGGCGGGCCGGCCUCGGCUUCCUGUCGGAGGACGCGCAAGGAUCCGGGCGUCUGAGUGUGCGAGUGCGUGAGUGUGUGUCGGCCACACGGCGUGUGUCUCCGGCCGCGGGUUCCGCCUCCUCCCCUGCCGCCGCUGCUCACGGUGUAAGUCAAUGUGAAGCAGCAGCUCCAGCCCCGGGAUAAACAUGGCGACGUCUCUGCAUGAGGGACCCACGAACCAGCUGGAUCUGCUCAUCCGGGCUGUGGAAGCAUCAGUUCAUAGCAGUAAUGCACACUGUACAGAUAAGACAAUUGAAGCUGCUGAAGCCCUGCUUCAUAUGGAAUCUCCUACCUGCUUGAGAGAUUCAAGAAGCCCUGUGGAAGUGUUUGUCCCUCCUUGUGUAUCAACUCCAGAAUUUAUCCAUGCUGCUAUGAGGCCAGAUGUCAUUACAGAAACUGUAGUGGAGGUGUCAACUGAAGAAUCUGAACCAAUGGAUACCUCUCCUAUUCCUACAUCACCGGAUAGCCAUGAACCAAUGAAAAAGAAAAAAGCUCAAAGGGCUUCGCAGAUUAUCAGAUCUUCUGCAAUAGUUGGCCGUAAACCCAAGACCCAGCAGUCGCCAAUUUCCAAUGGGUCUCCUGACUUAGGUAUAAAGAAGAAACCCAGAGAAGGAAAAGGAAACACAACCUAUUUGUGGGAGUUUCUUUUAGAUCUACUUCAAGAUAAAAAUACUUGUCCUCGAUAUAUUAAGUGGACUCAGAGAGAAAAAGGCAUAUUCAAGCUUGUGGAUUCAAAGGCUGUCUCUAAGCUUUGGGGAAAGCAUAAGAACAAGCCAGACAUGAACUAUGAAACUAUGGGACGAGCUUUGAGAUAUUAUUACCAAAGGGGUAUCCUUGCAAAGGUUGAAGGACAGAGGCUUGUAUAUCAGUUCAAGGAUAUGCCCAAAAACAUAGUGGUCAUAGAUGAUGACAAAAGUGAAACCUGUAGUGAAGAUUUAGCAGGAGCUACUGAUGAAAAAUCAUUAGAACGAGUAUCAUUGUCUGCCGAAAGUCUCUUAAAAGCAGCAACUUCUGUUCGUGGUGGGAAAAACUCAUCUCCUCUCAACUGCUCCAGAGCAGAGAAGGGUGUAGCUAGAGUUGUGAACAUCACUCCCCCUGGUCAUGAUGCUUCAUCCAGGUCUCCCACUACUACCACAUCUGUAUCAGCAACAGCAGCCCCAAGGACAGUUCGUGUGGCAAUGCAAGUACCUGUUGUAAUGACAUCGUUGGGUCAGAAAAUUUCAACUGUGGCAGUUCAGUCAGUUAAUGCAGGUGCACCAUUAAUAACCAGCACUAGUCCGACAACAGCAGCCUCUCCAAAGGUAGUUAUUCAGACAAUCCCUACUGUGAUGCCAGCCUCUACUGAAAAUGGAGACAAAAUCACCAUGCAGCCUGCCAAAAUUAUUACCAUCCCAGCUACGCAACUUGCACAGUGUCAACUGCAGACGAAGUCGAAUCUGACUGGGUCAGGAAGCAUUAACAUUGUGGGCACCCCACUGGCUGUGAGAGCACUCACCCCUGUUUCAAUAGCUCACGGGGCCCCUGUAAUGAGACUAUCAGUGCCUCCUCAACAGGCAUCUGGCCAGACUCCUCCCCGGGUUAUCAGCGCUGUCAUAAAAGGGCCAGAGGUUAAAUCAGAAGCAGUGGCGAAAAAGCAGGAACAUGAUGUGAAAACUUUGCAGCUGGUACAAGAAGAAAAACCGGCAGAUGGAAAUAAGACAGUGACCCACGUAGUGGUUGUCAGUGCGCCCUCAGCUCUUGCCCUUCCUGUAACAAUGAAAACGGAAGGAUUGGUAACAUGUGAGAAAUGAAACAGCCGCGCUCCCAUGGACAUUAGAAUGUUAGUGAUAGUCCUGAUACAAGUAUUUGCAAGGAUGUCAUCGACAGAAGUCAGAAGACUUUAAAACAUUUUUAAUGCAUUUAAGAAAACAAUCAAACUUACUGGAAAUAAAUUACCUAUCCCAUGUUUCAGUGGGAAAUGAACUACAUAUUGAGAUGCUGACAGAAAACUGCCUCUUACAAUAGAAACAACUGAACCCGUCAAUAAGGAAAAGGACUGAAAGGGACCAAGCAACUCACUACAAUAUCAAGUUACACUAAGACUUGGAACACUAACACUGUAAGAGGUUAUAUAGUUUUCAGUGGGGAGGGAUUGGGAUGGGUGAUCUUGUUGUUACAUAUAGCAAUUUUUGAUGCAUUUUAUAUGCAUACCAGCAAUUAUUACUGUGUUCACACAGAACUCACUUAACUGGUGCUAUGUGAAAACUGCUAAUAUAGGUAUUUUAGAAUGUGAAUUGAAUGGAUCCAAAAGCUUCAGAAAGAGGUUAGCAAAAAAGAUCUAGUGCGUUUUUUUUUUUUUUUUAUCAUAUAGCUUAAGCUGAUUUAAAACAAAGGCCUUAGACUAAUUUUCGGUUUUCUUUAUUGAAAUAAGCUAAUGGCUUGUUUGUGUAAAGCUUUUUUAUUAAAAGAAAAAUUUUAAAAAUCUUGUACCUAGCACAGUAUUGUUAUAGAAUUUACAUGUAACAUUUUAUAUGGUAGUUUAAGUCUGUCAGUUUCUUAAUUGUGGACAAAUUAACAGUUGGCUCUGGCCUUUUGCUAUAACACGCCUGUUUGUCACUCACCUAGCCCUGGCAUCUGUGCAGACAUAUCCGUUUCAGUUUUGCUGUCACUUGGAAGUUAAGGCUCAGCAUGAUUUUUGUCAGGUAACUCUAAUACCUGGAGUUUUCUUUCUUCCUUUUUUUUUUUUAGUUGAAGUUUAAGAGGGAAAGUACCAGUGUUCAGAUUUGAACUAUAAUAGUUUGUAUAUUCAACAUUUGAAGUAUAUUCUAUUUUGUUGUACUCUUGUUUCAAAGUGUAUUCAAGUAGGUUUUCUGAAAUAUAGAAAUGAAAUUUA